AUGUUUCCAACCGCCGCUGAACGUGAUGCAAUGCAUCCCGACAAUCCUCCCAACUUGGCACAAAGCGAGAGAUAUGGUGCAAAGCCAUGGCCAUAUAUCGGAGAGCCAAUCCCACCGCCAUUCGCUGCCUACGGAUUCAUACCUUCAAGAAACCAACCAUUUCCGCCAAGUCCUGUCGCUACGCCACUCGCCCUAUACGAGGACUUCAACUCGUGCACGGUCAUAUCGGAGGCUUCUGGCUCCAUCUUUGAGGAUGGAGCAAGUGAGGUUCUCCAAUCGAUCACCGAGGACGAAGAGAACAACAGUCAGGGCACGCCCGAGGCUGCCAAUACUAGCAAGGCCGCAUCGAUGUCCUCAACUGAUAGCGAGCGCACACUCGAGGAUGUUGAUCCAGAUACGGUAGCCAUCGAUUUCGUCAACGUCAGCCAGGGUUCUACUGAGAAUACGAAUCAGGUCACAGCAGCCUCAACUUCUUUGGAUGUCAGCCCGGCUGCUCUGAUCGAUACCGUCAAUGGUCUCUCGCACACCGACAACAAGCGUACCGGAUUUCGUUCAAGGUUCCACAAGAUCUUCGAUGGCAAGAAAUCAAAGCUGAUGGCAAAGAACGUACACAAGAAACCAGACAGCACCCUCGCCGGCUCAAACCUACCCAUCCAUGGCACUAUUGUCGGUAAUGCCUCGCUCGAUAACUCAGUCACCCAGAUGAUCGCGUCGAACACGCCGCUACCUCAGAGUCAUCUCAGAACACCUACUUUCCCGCAAGGCCAGCUUCCUGCUCCGCCUGCCGUCAGGGACACGUCCUACAGUUCACUGGGUGCUGCUGUUCAGGCUGCUGGGGAUCGUCGGAGUAGGGACUUCUCCUGA